ACCAUGAGCAGAGGGCUCAGGGGGCUGCGCGGUCCCGGGGACUCUCGCCCGGCUGUGCGCGACCGCAGCGCCCCGCGGUCCUGACGCGCCUAACGCAGCCCCGCUAGCGGGUCCCGCCGCCGCCACCGCCACCUCUACCGCCACCGCCGCCGCGCCGCCAGCAGCAUGUCUCAGAGGAAGAUUUCGUCCGAGUCCUUCAGCUCCCUGGGCUCCGACUACCUGGAGACCAGCCCCGAGGACGAGGGGGAGUGCCCUCUGUCCAGGCUCUGCUGGAAUGGCAGCAGGAGCCCGCCCGGGCCGCCCGAGCCAAGCGCAGCGGCCGCCGCCGCCACCGCCGCCCCGGCCCCGGCUGCCUCUGCCGCGGCCGCCGCCGCCACGGCCGGGGCCAGGAGGGUGCAGCGCCGGAGGCGGGUCAACCUGGACUCGCUGGGCGAGAGCAUCAGCCGCCUGACGGCGCCCUCGCCUCAGAUAAUCCAGCAGACACUCAAGAGGACCUUGAAAUAUUAUGAGCAUCAAGUGCUUGGUUACAGGGAUGCAGAAAAGAAUUUCCACAAUAUCUCUAACAGAUGCUCCUAUACAGACCAUGCCAACAAAGAGGAAAUCGAAGAUGUCUCAGGAAUACUCCAGUGUACUGCUAACAUACUCGGUUUGAAGUUUGAGGAAAUUCAAGAAAGAUUUGGUGAGGAGUUCUUUAAUAUAUGCUUUGAUGAGAAUGAAAGAGUCCUUCGAGCUGUAGGUGGCACAUUGCAGGACUUUUUCAAUGGCUUUGAUGCUUUAUUGGAACACAUUAGAACUUCUUUUGGAAAACAGGCAACUCUGGAGUCACCAUCUUUCCUAUGCAAAGAGCUCCCUGAAGGUACUUUAAUGCUCCACUACUUCCAUCCUCACCACAUUGUGGGCUUGGCAAUGCUCGGAAUGAUUAAGGCUGCAGGAAAGAAGAUCUACUGCCUUGACUUGGAAGUGGAACAGGUUGCAAAUGAGAAGCUGGGCUCUGAGGGUUCAAACCCAGGCAAUUGUAGCUGUCUUACUUUCCUUAUCAAAGAAUGUGAAAACACUAAUGUCACAAAGAAUCUUCUACAAGGACCUUCCCAGGUUCCUACAGAUCUCAGAAUUAGCAUCAACACCUUCUGCAGAGCCUUCCCCUUCCAUCUGAUGUUUGACCCCAACAUGUCAGUCCUUCAGCUGGGUGAAGGCCUAAGGAAGCAACUCCGAUGUGACACUCACAAAGUGCUCAAGUUUGAGGACUGCUUCGAAAUUGUUUCCCCAAAGGUUAAUGCCACCUUCGAGAGGUUCCUGUUGCGGCUGUCCACCCCAUUCGUGAUUAGGACCAAGCCUGAGGCUUCUGGUACUGAAAAUAAAGACAAGGUGAUGGAGGUCAAAGGACAAAUGAUCCACGUCCCAGAGUCAGGUUCCAUCUUGUUUCUGGGCUCUCCGUGUGUGGACAAGUUGGAUGAGCUCAUGGGUCGAGGACUGCACCUCUCGGACAUUCCUAUUCAUGAUGCCACCCGGGAUGUCAUUUUGGUUGGUGAGCAGGCGAAGGCCCAAGAUGGCUUGAAGAAAAGGAUGGACAAAUUAAAGGCAACUUUAGAAAGAACUCACCAGGCCCUCGAAGAAGAGAAAAAGAAAACCGUGGAUCUUCUUUAUUCUAUUUUUCCUGGAGACGUAGCUCAGCAGUUAUGGCAAGGGCAGCAGGUGCAGGCCCGAAAGUUUGAUGAUGUCACCAUGCUCUUCUCAGACAUCGUGGGCUUCACAGCCAUCUGUGCUCAGUGUACCCCCAUGCAAGUGAUCAGCAUGCUGAACGAACUGUACACCAGGUUUGACCACCAGUGUGGAUUUUUGGAUAUCUACAAGGUGGAAACAAUAGGUGAUGCUUACUGUGUUGCAGCAGGGCUGCACAGAAAAAGCCUCUGUCAUGCAAAACCCAUUGCUCUGAUGGCCUUGAAGAUGAUGGAGCUUUCAGAAGAGGUGCUCACACCUGACGGAAGGCCAAUUCAGAUGAGGAUAGGGAUUCACUCAGGCUCUGUGCUAGCUGGAGUUGUUGGGGUGAGAAUGCCAAGAUAUUGCCUGUUUGGAAAUAAUGUCACUCUGGCAAGCAAAUUUGAAUCAGGAAGUCACCCUCGGCGCAUCAACGUCAGCCCGACCACUUACCAAUUAUUAAAGCGAGAAGAAAGUUUUACAUUCAUUCCUCGCUCCCGUGAAGAGCUUCCUGACAACUUCCCAAAGGAAAUCCCCGGAAUCUGCUACUUUCUGGAGGUAAGGACUGGUCCCAAGCCACCAAAGCCUUCGCUGUCUUCAUCGAGAAUAAAGAAGGUUUCCUACAACAUUGGCACCAUGUUCCUCCGGGAGACAAGCCUCUGAGACCUGCUACGGAUUAAAGAAGACUCCUCCCAAAAGCACAAGCCCAGAACUUGGGUCAGAACUGAAGUAGAGAGAGAGACUAUUCUCUUACAUUGCUUUGGUGAGAAUGAGCAGCGGGAUUUGUUAGGCAAUAAUCCUAGAGAAAGGGAGUGACUUAAAAAGGCUGGAGUAUGGGGAAAACAGGAUGCGUCCAUUCAUCUGAGUGCUUUGGUCUCACACACACACACACACACACACACACACACACACACACACGUGCACACUGAUUUUUACAUUAAAAGUAUAGGCACCCUGUCAAAACCAACCAAAAUAGAUUUCCUGUUUUCUCAUUCAUCACACAUGCAGAGAAUGCUCCCUAUAUAUUUAUACCACUUUUGAAAGCCAGGUUUGAUUACAUAUUCCUCUAUUUAAUGAGUUAGUAGGCAAGAAAUAUUUUCUAACUUUCAUUUUCUGAACGGACAUUUCAUAUAUACAUUGUGGCAGUGUGGUAAACUUCCCAGCGGGAAGAAUUGUAACUUAGCAAAAAUAUUUUAGGGAUAUUACCUAUUUUUAUACAUAUCUCUUACUUCUAUGUAAUUACAUUUCACACAUUAGAUUUUUGUAAAACUUGCUACUGUGUUGUGGGUAUGUUAUGUAACACUAUCGAUCUAAUGUAGUUUUCCUUAUUUAGACAGAUGAGUGCUUGGGCUGAAAUCAUGUAGAACAAAGGAUUUCAGACGCUGGGAAAGCUUUGUCCUUCAUAUGUCUUUAAACUUAAUGUACCAUGUCAUCCAGCGGAAAUGAAAUUUCCACCAUAUCUUUAACCAAGAUUAUAGUCAAGUAUUUUGCCAUCUUCUAACAACUAGUACUGCAAAUGAAAUGCAUUAACGUACGAGACCCUUUUCAGCUUAGCACUUGAAAAUACAGGAAC